GUGGCUCUCUGCGAGCGGUUCGCCAUCGCGCUCCGGCUCGCGUUUCCUGGGAGCCGUGCGCCGGUGCCCCAGGCGGCUCUGCGGGACCUGGCUGCUGGGGGCGCCACUGACGAAGCUGAUUUGUCUGGCUCGGGCAUCAGGCGCGCGUGGCAGUGCCUCCGCGGGCUCCGAGACGGGUUCACAACGGCCUUGGCCACCGUCUCGGCUCGCGCCGCG